UGAGCGGAAGCUCCUUCAGCAGCUCUUUAAAUCUGACUCUUGUUCUUUUGCUGGCUGCUGCGGGUCCUCGCGGCUGCGGUCACGAGUGGGUAAUUUCUCACUGAGUGUGCGUGCCUUCUCACGCGCGUGCCCCCCCCCCUCCUCUUCCUCCUCCUCCUCCUCCUCCUCCUGCUCCUCAGCGUGGAGGUGCGGGGCCACUACUGGCUGUGUUGUUGCGGCACUGGAUGGAUCUAACUCGCGUGUUUGCGGGUGAAGCCUCGGGCGGUGCACGCGGAGGGAAAUAAACCGGGAUUUUUUUCUCCACCUUGUUUCUCCUCCUCACCUGCGGGUCGGGCAGCUCCUCCGUGACGACAUGUCAAACUCAAACAAAAGCAAGAAGGACAAAGAAAUCCUUGCUGAGUACGAGAGCCAGGUGAAAGAUGUGCGGGCCCAGUUGGUGGAGCAGCAGCGCUGUCUGGAGCAGCAGACCGAGAUGCGGGUCCAGCUGCUUCAGGACCUGCAGGAUUUCUUCAGGAAGAAGUCGGAGAUCGAAACGGAAUAUUCCAGGAAUCUGGAGAAGCUCGCCGAGAGGUUCAUGGCCAAAACACGCAGCACGAAAGACCAUCAGCAAUACAAAAAGGAUCAGAACCUGCUGUCUCCAGUCAACUGCUGGUACCUGCUGUUAAACCAGGUGAGGAGGGAGAGUAAGGACCACGCCACCCUCAGUGACCUCUACCUGAACAACGUCAUCAGCCGCCUCACGCACAUCAGCGAGGACUCUGCCCGCCUGCUGAAGAGGAGUAAGGAGAUCCUCUUCCAGCUUCAGGAAGACCUGAUGAAACUUCUGAACGAGCUUUACACCGUGAUGAAGACGUAUCACAUGUACCACGUGGAGACGAUCAGCGCGGAGACGAAGCUGCGGGAGGCGGAGCGUCAGGAGGGCCGUGUGAAGGGCGUGUCGGGGACGGGCGGAGGGGUGGAGCCUGUGUUCGGCCUGCGGAUAGAAGAGCGCCACCAGAGACGCAACGCCGCCCGCAAGAUGGAGAAGAUGAGGGAGAAGAGGAAGGCGAAGUACUCUGAGAACAAACUCAAGACUCUUAAAGCCAGGAACGAGUAUCUGUUGACUCUGGAAGCCACCAACGCCUCCGUCUUUAAAUACUACAUCCACGACCUGCCCGAUAUCAUCGACUGCUGUGACCUAGGGUACCACUCCAGUCUGAGCCGGGCUCUGAGGACCUACCUAUCAGCCGAGCUGAGCCUUGAAGCCUCCAGGAGGGCGGGGCUGGAGGUGCUGGAGGGGGCUGUGGAGGGCCUGGACCCCGCCCGAGACAGGCAGCGUCUGCUGGGCCUCUACCCCACCGCCUUCUGCCCCCCGCAGCGCUUCGGCUUCCAGGCACACAUGGGAGACGCAGUGACCCAGAUCGCUUCCCAGCCGCAGGUCCAGGCUGAGCUGACGCUCCGCCUCACGCAGCUGCAGACCCGCCUGGCGUCUCUGAAGAUCGAGAACGAAGAGGUGAAGAAGACCUGGGGGGCGACUCUGACCACCCUGCAGGACAUGACGGUGCUGGAGGACUUUGACGUCUCUCAGAGCUUCACCCACAGCCCGUCCUCCGAGUCGGUCAAGUCUAGCGUGUCGGACGGAUACUUGAACAAACCGAGUCUGGCCAAGAAGCGAGCCAAUCAGCAGGAGACGGAGCUCUUCUACUUCACGAAAUUCCGUGAGUAUCUGGAGGGCAGUAAUCUGAUCUCCAAACUGCAGGCCAAACAUGACAUACUGAAGAAAGCUUUAGCAGAAGGAUACAAAGCUGAGCUGCUGACUACCAGUCGCGGGCGGAAGAACUCCCACAGCAAGCACCAGGAUUCAACCAAAGCCAUACCUUUGCUUGUGGAGAGCUGCAUCCGCUACAUCAACCUACACGGUCUUCAGCAUCAGGGUAUAUUCCGGGUGUCAGGGUCACAGGUGGAGGUCAACGACAUCAAGAACUCCUUCGAGAGAGGUAACGACCCGCUGAUUGACGAGGAAAGCAAUCACGACAUCAACUCGGUGGCUGGAGUGUUGAAGCUUUACUUCAGAGGUUUGGAGAACCCGCUGUUCCCCAAGGAGAGGUUCAAUGACCUCAUUUCCUGCGUCCGGAUCGAGAACAUGUACGAGAGAGCGCAGUGCAUCCGUAAGAUCCUGCUGGGCGUCCCCAGGGCGACGCUGGUGGUGAUGCGUUACCUGUUCGCCUUCCUCAACCACCUCUCCCAGUACAGCGACGAGAACAUGAUGGAUGCUGGGAACCUGGCCAUCGUCUUCGGCCCCACCCUCCUGCCCACACCAGACACGCUGGACCAGGUGGCCUGUCAGGCGCACGUCAACGAGGUCAUCAAGACAGUGAUCCUGAACCACGACAACAUCUUCCCCGACACCAAGGAGCUGCCCGGCCCCGUGUACGAGAAGUGUAUGACUGGAGACCAGUACUGCGAGAGUCCGUUCAGCGAGCCGGGGGCGUUGGAGGAGGCCGAGCCCGACGGCGGCACAGAGACCCAGACCAGCGACGAGGAGGGCGAGGGCGUGGAGGCGGUGGCGAGGUUCGACUACGUGGGCCGGUCGGGCCGCGAGCUCUCCUUCAAGAAGGGAGCGUCCCUGCAGCUCUUCCAGCGAGCGUCACAUGACUGGUGGGAGGGGCGGCACAACGGCAACCACGGCCUGGUGCCUCACCAGUACAUCGUGGUGAAGGACAGGGCCGACGUCAUGUCCGACACGCUCAGUCAGAAGGCGGACAGCGACGGAGGAAGCAGCAGCACCGACGACAAGAGGUCCAGGAGCGAGCUGAGCUCCCCCACCGACAUCAGACCACCGGAGACCUACAACAGUCACAGGAGGAAGAGGACCGACGGUUUAUUCCGCCGCCCCCUCGGCCGCUCCAACGACAACCACUGCCACGGGAACGGAGGUGUGAUGGAGAGAAGCUCCCCGCCGGUGACGGGUCACUUCAGCCCCAGGGAGCUGCUGCUUGGGCGGGGCCAGGGCUUGACCCCACCCCUUGACAGCCCUGAGCGCCGCCGCCGCUCAGCCGCCGCCGUGACCAUGACGGUGAGCCGGCACGACUCGCUGCGGAGGCCGGAGGACACGCCCAUCAGGCGCUCGAGCAGCGGGCAGCACGGCUUCAGUGAGUCCCAUCGGUCCAGAGCUCUGGACCCCGACACACUGGCUCAGUCUCCCAGCCCCCACAGCACCCCCAGCACCCCGGGCACACCGGGGACCCCAGGCACCCCCGGGACUCCCGGCACCCCAAGCCCCCUCAGCCCCCUGAGCCCCAUCAGCCCGCUCCCCGGACCUCCGCCCGGACCUCCCCGACCAUCCAACCCCUCCCCCGACACCCUGGGCUCCUUCAAGCCCGUGGCAGCUGCUCGCAUGGGGGCUCCGCUGCGGCCCCCAGCCCUGAGGCCCAAACCGAUGGUCCCGCCGAAGAGCAGCACCCCGCCUCUGCCCCCACCGCUGGACAAAUCCUGCACCAUGUGAGCCAAAACAGGCCGAAGAAGGCCAAAUCAGGCCUACCCGGGCCAAAACUGGGCCAGAAGAGGAGAUCAGGGUACUGCUUAGUGUUUAUAAUCAACAUGAGGGUAGAAAGGGUAGGACAGAGAAAAGGGUUUUACUGUAGUAAUAAACUAUAAUAUAUGACAUGACCUAUGAUAUGAUAUGCCAUGAUAUUUCUGUGUUGUCAGGUUGGUGUGUACUCUCUCUUGGUGUGUAGGAGUUUCCUUUCUCCAUGUAUCGAAGCAUUUAUCAGAGGUUAGCUAAAAGAAGUGCAGAAGAAGAAGAAGAGACACAGGAACGAAGCGGAGCGUCCUGUCCUGUAUAUGAGUCGGCGGUAGUCGGGGAGACGUGGCGAGUGUAGUGCAGCUCCAGUAAAAAUGUAGUUUCAGUGAAUACGUGAAUGUUGGCUGUGCUGUCAUGACGAUAGGCUAGCUGAGGAGCCCGUCACCAACAAGGCCGCUGUGUUGGUAGAAACUGUCCCGAUGGAUGGGCUGCUGCGUCUGUCAGAAGGAAGAGGACCCGGCAGAGUGACGGCAACGACCACGUCUGUGCGACUUAUAAUUUAUUUUUUUAUUUUUCCACUCGGUUCAGCUGCUAAGCUCACUUUCACCUCAAACCACGAAAAACGCCUCCUGAGGUCGUCAGUGACACCAAACUCACGUUAUCUAACCAACGUCCAGCUAUCUAAUGAAUGUUUCCAGUAUUUAACGACUGUUCAGCCAUCUAUUGAAUGUUCAGCGAGCUGCUGCGGCGACUCACGAAAC